AUGUUUUUUCCAAAGUUUAUUUUCUUCAAAUUUUUAAUUUUUAUUGGCAUAACAAAUGUUAAUUCUCUCUUUGUAAAAUUUAAAUUUAAUUUGAAAUUUAAAUGUGGAGAUGAACUUGCCAAUGGACGUCUAAUGGUUAAUUACCGUAAAUCAAUGUAUAGCGGAGUGAGUACUUAUAUUUUUAAAAUUGUAAUUAUAGGAGGAAUUGUAAAUUAUAGGAGGCUGGGGUUAUCUCUUGGAUCCAGGCCCAGCCACACAUUUUUAGUGGUAUAA